ACAGCCCCGCCCUGCUGUCCCCUCCAGGAACCGGCCACAGGCAUGAGGGGGUCCCGGCAGAGAUGACAGUGCUGGCGCCGGCCUGGAGUUCACCCCUGCUGCUGCUGCUGCUGCUGAGCCCUGGCCUCCACGCGACCCCCAGCUGCGCCUUCAGCCACAGCCCCAUCACCUCUGACUUCGAAGUCAAAAUCCGACAGCUGUCUGACUACCUGCUUCAAGAUUACCCAGUUACGGUGGCCUCGAACCUGCAGGAGGAGGAAUUGUGCCCGGCUCUGUGGCGGCUGCUUCUGGCUCAGCGCUGGAUGGAGCAACUCAAGGCAGUGGCUGGGGCUCAUCUGCACGCCCUCCUGGAGAAGGUCAACACAGAGAUCCAUUUUGUCACCACAUGCCCCUUUCAGCCCCUCCCCAGCUGUCUCCGCUUCGUCCAGACCAACAUCUCCCACCUCCUGCAGGACACCGCCCGGCAGCUGGCGGCCCUAAAGCCCUGGAUCACCCGCCGCAAUUUCUCUCGGUGCCUGGAGCUGCAGUGUCAGCCGGACUCCUCCACCCUGCUGCCCCCGACUCCCGGGGCCCUGGAGGGGACAGCACUGCCCGCCUCCCAGCCUUCCUUGCUGCUGCUCCUGCUGCUGCUGCCCGCUGCCCUCCUGCUGCUGCUGGCCACUGCCUGGUACCUACGCUGGCAGAGGCUGGCAAGGGCACUGCCCCACCCUGCGGAGCAGCUGCCCCCUGCCCCCCGCCCUCAGGAUACACUGCUGCAGGAGCGAUGACCUGGCCACAGCCUCAUCUUGG